AUGUCAUCGACAGAUCCAAAACUAUCUUUAAGAGAUUCCGGAUUAGAUUUUUUUCUUUUUAUUUAAUAGCAAUAUCUCAUGUUUUCUUAAGAGAUGCUGCAUUAAAUUCGUGGUAUUUCCGCAAUGACUUAUUAUUUUUUCACAAAAAGAACACUUUGCCGCUGUGUCAUAUUUAGUGUAAUAAUUUAUACAGUCUUUUCUGAUUUAUGUAAGGAUGGAUUAUUUAUCUCUACAUCACUUUCUUCUUCAGUAUCUUGAAUACCUGUUAAAUCUGUAAAUAUUAUACUAAUAAGCUCGAUGGACGACCAGGACUUGCAAACUUUUUAAUUAGGUUAUACGGCAAAGAUGGCAUUGGAACAAGCAAUUCUAUCCCUCAACGAAAAUUCGCGGAUGUGCGUUGUCUAUUCGUACGUCGUGCCGCAGGGAGACAUGAAAUUGUGCCUAUCCUGUUUCAUGACAAACAGGGGGCAGUAUACGAGCGCGUGCGUUACGCAACGGCACCAAACGAUGCGGUACAAGGAUAUACCGUAUCUCUAUUGCUACGAUUGUUUGAAUCGACUGUUCACAGUCUUCCUGGCGAGGAACAGAUGUCUAGUGUGUCAAAGCCGUGCGGCAGAGUCCGACAGCGCCUUAGAGGACGAGACGAUCGACGAUGAGGACGAAGAUUAAUGCAGUCCUCCUGUCCUCCCCAAAUAUUUUGAAAACUGAGCACGACAGAUAAAAAUGUUUUAAACAAAUGUUGUAGGGCUUUAACAAAUAUAUGAAAUGGUGAUACAUAUUUGACCUUAACAUCAGUUAUGAAAGAAGUCUACAGGUCAACUUUAAAAUCGUUUUCAAAAUAUUUGGCGUGUACGGGUGGUCUCAGACACCCUGUAUAACAUGAGAAAUAUCUGAUUUAAAUUUGAAAUAUUUU